AUGAGAAAUCCACUAUUCGCUGACUUCUAAUAUGCCAAUUGGUAGGAAUUAUAAUUUAAGAGUACACCAUAAUUGUUAUAAUCUAAUUAAGCAAAUCCAGAUAAAAUGAGAAAUUUUUAGCAUGAUGAAAAUAGAGUAGUUGAUUCAAUUGAUCAAUUUAAAAAAUCAAGCAUUCAAUAAUAAUAACACUUUCUGAAUUAAUAAAUACAAAAAUCAGAAAAAGAUGUAAAUUAUAAAAAGUAUUUAUUUUAGCAAAGUUCUAAAAGUAACUCAAUAAAAUCUAAAAAUAAUCAAACUCAUUCCAAAAUAGCUGAUAAAAAUGAAAAUAAUAAAUAUUUUGAAAAUAUUAUAAAUUUAUAAUCUUAAUCAAUCAACAAUUAGAAGACUGUUAGAGACUAAAAAAUAAAGUAAACUAAAAUAUAUUUAGGUUUUAUGUAAGAAAUAAUGUACUAGGCAAUAAGGAAUAUUAUACUCCUCAAUUCGAUAUGGAUGUUCAAUUUAGUAAUUUUAAAUAAAAAUUAUAGAUUUAUACAACAGACCAAAAUUUAAAGACUAUAAAUAUUAAGAUGCAUCAUAUAAAUAAGUAGUAGAAUUAAAAAAUAGAUAUUACUUAAAUGAAAUGAUGAACAAUGAAUUUGUAACUAGUUAAAUUAUCUUAAUUUCUUAGCUAAUAAAAACUAUGGAUAUGGUCUGAAAGGCUAUACAAAAUUUCCUAUCUACCCUUCCUCAAAACCCCAAAAUAUUGAUAAAGAAUGA